AUGGCCAUCCUAAAGUUGAUGCGACAUCCCACCAUCCUCGUUGUCCUUCUCUCAAUAGUCGCCCUCACCCUGACUAGGCUCCAUGGAGGCUCUGGAUCUGCACUUGAACCACUCUGCAACAUUCCCGGGUUAAGCACGUCCAUCGCUUGCGCAUGGAUUACAGCUGCUCAAGCUGAGCAGCCACCCAAAGUCCAAUGGGCCGACUAUCACUCACUGGUGGGCCUGGAGACUAGAACGUUCGAGGAGAUGUUGAACGAACCCGUGAGAGGGACGGGCGGAUCGCUUUCGCUCGACGUGAAGAAGACAGAAUAUGCGGUCAGGGAUCUGAUCGCCCUCGUCAAGGCGAGCGAAUUGAAGGCCAAAGACAGCUUGGCGGAGCUUUUGAGAGACUUGAUCGAUGAUGCUGCCACUUCGGGGAGAGGGUUAAACCGACUGUCGACCAAAUUCAACGGUGCAUUGGACGUCAUUGUGUCUGUCAACGAGCACGCUCUGCAUUCUGUCGCAAAGGCGCAAGCGCUAGAGCAGGCGCCGCUCCUUGAAAGGAUCAACGCGAUGAUGCCUUGGUCUCCCCCAAGAAAGGACGUCGACGCGAUUAUAAAGGAGACCUUUAGUGCGGCUAUGGACGCCUUCUCUGUCCAAUUGGCGGGGCUUCUUGUAGAGGCCACAGCUCGUGAAAACGAGUUGAGACGACUCGAAGAAACGCUGCAGGCCGUACACGAACACGUCCAACGAGAAUACAGCUCCAUCGACAUGGAUAAAGAAGAGACCCUCGAACUCUUGUGGACCAAACUCGGUGGCAACGGUGCACAAUUGCGAAGCUUCUCGCGAAAUUUGAAGUUGCUGGAACAGCUGAAGGCGUAUCGGAAGGGGGCGUAUGUUCGUAUUAUCGCUGCAUUGCACCAUCUAGAGUCGCUGCGCCAUGAGGCGGAUGAUAUCAGGACGAGGGUUUCUGCCCCUGAUUUGAUGGGGUCCAUGAUUGAACCUGCUGUCCACAUGAAAAGUCUUCAGUCGGGCUUGGUGAGGUUGAAGGCGAAUCGGCUGAGGGCAAGGAAGCUGGAGGAGGCGGCGAUUAGGGAUAUGCUUCGGCAAUGA